GCGUCUACGAGUCGGCCAAGCUGAUGAACGUCGAUCCCGACAACGUGGCUUUCUGCGUGCUGGCCGCGGACGAGGAGGACGAGGGGGACAUUGCCCUGCAGAUCCACUUCACCCUCAUCCAGGCCUUCUGCUGCGAGAAUGACAUCGACAUCGUGCGGGUGAACGACGUGGCCAAGCUGGCUGCCAUCGCCAGGGAGGAGUCCGGGGAACCGCGGGACCUCCACUGCAUCCUCAUCACGAACCCGAAUGAAGAUAGCUGGAAGGACCCAGCUCUAGAAAAGCUGAACUCGUUUUGUGAAGAGAGCCGAAAUGUCAAUGACUGGGUGCCAACUGUCACCCUGCCGGAGUGAUGGUGACCCAGUGCACUGGGGAGGCUGAAACCUUUUGUUGCAUUCUCAAUGUGGCAUGGGUUCACUGAAGUGUGCAACAAGCUGCUGAUUCCAUGGAUUUGCCUGGUCAAGAGACUGGAUUAAAGUCACUCAGACUGGCAUGCAGUGGGCUCUUACAGACGAGAAAGAAGAACAGCUCGCCUCACCAGUGAGCCUCAGUUAGGCUGCAGCCAUGGAGAGGCUGACAUACCAUGGAACCGAAAGAAGUCUUGCAAGUUUCCUGGUCGAGUGGAACUGUUUCAGGAGGCAGAGAGAAAGUUGGGGGAAGCAGGCCAAAACUUUCCAGAGGACUAGACAGAGUAUUCUAACUAGGAACUGUUGGUGCUCUCUACAUAAUGCAGAGAGAAGAAAGUAUCAAUGUUUGAUGGACUACUAGGGACUGGUUACUGAGAAAAAUAGAGGCUCCAAAAUGGGCAGACUUCAGCAGGCCUCUUGGGUCACUCUGCAGAACUGGUUUUGUAAUGCAAUAAUUUUUAUUGAAAUAUUUGCUGCUCUGGAAGCUUUCAUAAUAAAUUUUUGACAAUUAA